UUUUCUGUCAACAGUACAAUUCUGCUCUUCAAUCAAUCCAUAAACGCACAAAACCAGUUGAUUGCUAACUUUCUCACAAUGUACAUAUUGUUAUUACUCACAAUCAUCCUAGCGCUUUUGAUAAUCUACAUUCUCUUCCGAAAGAACCACUACUCCAAGCAUGGAAUACCUCAUCCAAAAUCUUAUUUCUUCAUCGGCAAUCUGUUACCAGUAAUCCAAAAGAAGCAAGCAUUCGUCGAGCUCCUUAUAGACGUUUACAAUUUCAACAAAGACGCCAAGUACAUUGGCUACUACGACUUCAAUGGCCCGAUGACAAUAAUCCGAGACUUGGACCUGAUCAAGAGCAUCACUACCAAGAAUUUCGAUCACUUUGUUGACCACCAGACGUUCGUUGCUGAUCCAGACUCGGAUGUCCUCUUCGGAAACAACCUCUUUACUCUUCGAGGAGAUCAAUGGCGUAGGAUCCGAGGUUUGAUGACUGGAACGUUUACAUCCAGCAAGAUGAAGGCUAUGUUCAAGCUGAUGGCAGAUUGUGGGGAUAAUUUUUCCGAGCACCUUGCAGUUAAAUCCAAGGAAAGCUUAACUGUGAUUGAUUCGAAGGACAGUUUCACCAGAUUUGCCAAUGACGCUAUUGCGACCUGUGCAUUUGGCAUCUCUGUUGACUCAAUGGCAAAUCCCGACAACGAGUUCUACGUCAUUGGAAGAGAAGGAGCUAACUUCGGAGGCUCCAAAAAGUCCUGGAAGUUCUUCAUGUGUCAAACCUUUCCAAGGAUCGCCAAGUUACUGGGUAUCAAGCUGAUAGACACCCAUGUGGAGAAGUUCUUCUGCAAUUUGGUUGAAGAAACGAUGGCUGCUAGAGACGAGCAAGGGAUCUUCCGACCGGACAUGAUCCAGUUGCUGAUGGAGUUACGGAACAAGGAUCAGGAACUGACCAUUGGAAGUAUGACUGCCCAGGCGUUCAUUUUUUUCUUGGGUGGCUUCGAGACAACGUCAGCAGUGAUGUGCUUCGCUGCUCAUGAGAUAGCGAUGAACAUCUCAAUCCAGGAAAAGCUGCAGCAAGAGAUUGACCAGGUGUUUGAAGACUGUGGUGGCAACCUUACUUAUGAAGCAGUCAACGGGAUGCAGUACCUUGACGCAGUCAUCAACGAAUCCUUGAGAAUGUAUCCAUCACCUGGAUUCAUGGACAGGGUUUGCACAAGGAGCUUCGAACUGCCUCCUAGUUUGCCGGGCUUGAAGCCGUUGAAGGUCCAACCUGGAGAUCGCUUCUUGAUUCCAAUGUGGGCGAUCCACCGAGAUUCAAAGUACUUUCAGGAUCCGGAUACCUUCAAUCCAGAUAGGUUCAUCGAAGGAAAGGUUAAUCCUGCUGCUUACUUUCCUUUUGGGGCAGGACCUAGGAUGUGCAUUGGAAAUCGGUUUGCUUUGAUGGAGAUCAAGGUCCUGUUGAUAUACCUGUUGAAGAAGUGUCAGAUCAAGCCUGCUGAGAAGAUGAUUCUGCCGUUGAGGUUGAGCAGGGAGGAUUUUACUAUCAAGGCUGAAGGCGGCUUUUGGUUGGAAGUCCAACCAAGGUCGUUGAUAUUUGAUCAACGCAAGGUUACUUAUGUCAGUAGAACCCGUCGUGCUAAAACACCAACAAUGGAUCUAAUUUCGCAGUCUAUAAUCGCGUUAGCCAUCAUCAUCAUCAUCAUCAGUUACUUAUUUCUGUCCCAAGAGACUCACUUUUUCAAGCAUGGAAUCCCUCAUCUACCUAAACAGACUCUCUUUCACGAUUUAUACGAUAUUUUCUUUAAAAACAGAUCAGCAGUGAGUCUACUUUUAAAAAUGUAUAAUCACGAUAAAUCAGCAAAGUAUGUCGGAGUAUACGAAUUCGGAAAACCAGUAAUUGUAAUCCGAGAUUUGGAGCUUCUUAAGAGCAUAACUGUGAAGAACUUUGACCACUUUGUCAAUCGUCGAAACUUCAUUAAAACGGAUAUAGAUCCUUUGUUCAGUUACAGCUUGUUCUUCCUUACCGAUGACAAGUGGCGUGAAACCAGGACAAUUCUCACUCCAGCAUUCACCGCAAUGAAGAUGAAGAGCAUGUUCAAAUUGAUGACCGACUGCGCGAAUAAUUUCACAAACCACUUAGUAGCCAGAUCCCAAAAAUGCUCCCUUGAAUUUGACUCCAAGGACAUAUUCACGCGUUACACCAAUGACACCAUUGCUACUUGCGCUUUUGGAGUCUCGGUGGACUCAAUGAAGGAUCCUGACAACGAAUUUUACCUCCUUGGAAGACAAGCAACCAAUUUCGAAGACAAAGCGCUUAAAUUCUUCAUAGUCUUGCUGUUUCCAAGACUUGCGAGGUUGUUCAGGGUGAAAAUGGUCGAUGCAAAGGUGGAGAAGUUCUUUCUGGACCUGGUCAGCAAUACGAUUGCAUUGAGAGACCAGCAAGGAAUCUACAGGCCAGAUAUGAUCCAACUGAUGAUGGAAGCUAGGAAUAGCUCAGAUUUGAAGAAGGAGCUUUCUAUCCAGAAAAUGACCGCCCAGGCCUUCAUCUUCUUCUUCGGAGGCUUUGACACCACUUCCAGGAUGAUGUGCUUCGCUGCUCAUGAGAUUGCGGCUAAUUCCGAAGUCCAAGAACGCUUGCACGCGGAAAUAGACCAGGUUUUGGAAGAUUUUGGAGAACCCACUUACGAAGUGAUCAACAAUAUGCAGUUUCUCGAUGCUGUUAUCACUGAGGUGUUAAGGAUGUAUCCUGCGAUGAUAGUCGCUGAUAGGUUAUGCACCCAAGGCUUCGAAUUGCCUCCAGCUGUUCCCGGGGCAAAGCCAUACCUUCUUAAACUUGGUAGUCUGGUCAUGCUGCCGACUUGGGCGAUUCAUCGGGAACCAGAGCACUUUUCUGAGCCAGACACUUUUGAUCCUGACAGAUUCUUGGGUGAUCGCAAGAAGACAGUGAACAGUGUUGCUUAUUUGCCGUUUGGCGCGGGCCCCAGAAUGUGCAUUGGCAACAGAUUCGCGCUCUUGGAGAUCAAGGUCAUGUUCUUCCAUCUUUUGAGUAAGUGCAGCAUCAGUCCAGCCAAGAAAAUGAUCCUUCCGUUGGAAAUUGCUGAUUCUAAUACUUCUUUGGGUGCUAAAGGCGGAUUCUGGUUGGAUAUUUUGCCGAGAAAAAAAGAGAUUUGAUUUUUUUAGCUGCUUUUUAUUACUAAAGUAAGAUUGUUA